UCUAACAUUCAACAACUGCGUCAUUGAACGGUCGGUCCUCCCCGUCCUCCCGGUCCUCCCCGUCCUAACGGUCCCGUGACGCCGGUAGGAGGAGCUGGCGACAGGGGGCAGAGCUGGCUGAUGUUCGGGUGGGUGAGCCAGUGAGAGGAGAGGAGAGGAGAGGAGAGGAGGAGGACCGUAGAGUGGAAGACAAGUUGUCUGUUUGAAGCCAUCUUGUGAUAUUGAGUUCCUUCUUUGUCCCUAAAGUGAUCUAAAACGUUACCGUUAAUCGUAGAGAUGGGGAACCGGGUCGCCCGUGAGGACUACGAGUGGGUGUAUACGGAGCAGCCGCAUGCCGACCGGAGGAAAGAGAUCCUGGCCAAAUACCCAGAAAUCAAGUCGUUGAUGGGUCCUGACCUGAGGCUGAAGUGGAUCGUGUGCAUGAUGGUAGCUAUACAGUUUUUAGCUUUCUACAUGGUCAAAGACUUGGACUGGAAAUGGGUUUUGUUUUGGACUUAUGCCUUUGGCAGCUGUAUCAACCACUCAAUGACCCUCGCUAUUCAUGAAAUCUCCCACAACACGGCCUUUGGAAACAACAAGGCCAUGUGGAACCGCUACUUUGCCAUGUUUGCCAACCUGCCCAUCGGCCUGCCCUACUCUGCCUCCUUCAAACGCUACCACCUGGACCAUCACCGCUACCUGGGCGGAGAUGGGGUAGACGUAGACAUCCCCACUGAGUUCGAAGGCUGGUUCUUCUGCACACGCUUCCGCAAAUUCGUCUGGAUCAUCCUUCAGCCGCUGUUCUAUGCCAUCCGGCCCCUCUACAUCAACCCCAAACCCAUCACUCAGCUGGAAGUGACCAACGUGGCCUUCCAGCUCACCUUUGACAUCCUGCUCUGCUGGCUGUGGGGGGCUAAGCCUGUGGUCUACAUGCUGGCUGGCUCCUUGCUGGGGAUGGGCUUACAUCCCAUCUCUGGUCACUUCAUAGCUGAGCACUACAUGUUCCUCAAGGGCCAUGAGACCUACUCCUACUAUGGCUCCCUCAACCUGCUCACCUUCAACGUGGGCUACCACAACGAGCACCACGACUUCCCCAGCAUCCCGGGCUGCAGGCUGCCCAUGGUGAAGAAGAUAGCAGCAGAGUACUAUGAUGACCUGCCUCAGUACUCCUCGUGGGUGAAGGUCCUGUACGACUUCAUCAUGGACGACGCACUGAGCCCGUACUCCAGAGUCAAGAGGACGCUGAAGGGAGACGUGAAACAGGAGUAACGUUCUCCGUACAACAGCCCGGCUCACCGUCCUAUGAACUUAACAGCUUCUGCAUAUUAACCCAUUCAGCAUGGGGAAGAAGAGUGGGACCUCUUCCUCUGUGGGAAGAAAAAAUACUUCCUGAUAUUUUGUAUCCAGGUCAGAAAAACCAAGACAUGAUGAUGAGUGAUUAGAGGCAGUACCGAGGGCUGGUUGCACAAAGACCUUGGCUCCGAUCAAACAAAUCCAUCAACUAACAAAGUAUCAGUGGAUGGAAGGGUUGUCCUGAUAUUUGGUCCACAUUCAGGAUGAACUGUUAUCUCUCUGGUGAUCUCCUGAUUCCAUUUGUCCAUAUGUCCAAAGUGUUCUUUACAUAUUGGGUCUAUUUCCAACAUCUCUAAGGCUCCAGAGUGUCUCUUACCACAGUAAAGAGUAAAGGUUAGAAUAUGAACAGAGCUCCUGCUUCCAGUGGUUCUCCAGACCAACCACCUCCACUGAGCUCUGUUGUUAUCUGCUCAGCAUCUUCAAUUAGUCCGUCUUUGUUUAGUUACCUCAGGCUGGUAGAACAACACAGACCAGUGGGACUUUGUGCAACCAGCCAUCAGGAUACUGAGCCAACCUAAACUAAUAUAAGCCAGACAUUUCCUCCUGAGUGAUGACUGAGUGGAAACUGGUCAAAGGUGUCUGAACUUUGUAUUCUGCUGCAGAGAUUUAUGAGCUGAGACACGUCUCCUCCAUCUGGACUCUACUGGUAGAGGUCAACAACAUGAACGCAGCUCUGCUAUUGGUUGACGCUGUGUGUGUGUGUGUGUGUGUGUGUGUGUAUUGAGUUUAUGAGGAGGCUUUUAUCGGUUGCCUUAUAUGUUAUAGGUAGUAGUUAACCUUUAACCCUUUGUGGCCCAUGACCUGUUUUUCCAUCUGCUCUUUAACACGUUAAUAUGUGACGUCAUCCGACCCGUCGGAUGCUUCGGUCAUGCUUCCACACCAAGUUUAUGUGAGAUGAGUUACUCAUCAGUGCCUUGUAGCUUUGUGGUCUUAAUUUAAUCUGAUGGAAAGGUUGUCCUCUGGGUUUUAUUAGCAACCAGAACCUAAUGACAUGUGGUUGCUAUUGAAUUGGCUGAUUCCACUAUUUUUAUAAUAAAUAGUUAAUUUUGACGACUUUAAAGCCACUAAAUGAAAUGAAUAGAUAAAAGUGAGGAUGUAGUUUCUGAUAGAGAAGGCUUUGAAUGAGCAUCUAGAUCAGCUGUCUGUCCUCAGAGUCUUCCUCUCUGUAUUUAUGGGCCAGAUGGAACAAUAAACAUCUGAAACUUAUAAGAUCGUCUGGCGGUCCAGAUCGGACCCCUGGGCCGCUAGUCUGAGACCCCCCUGAUGUAGACCUUCAUUCUUUCUGUAAGAUAACAUUUAAAGAAAAUGUUGUAAAGUUGAAUUAAAUACAUAAAACAUGAAAAAUCAAA